AGUAUGAGACCACCUCAGACACUUCAGUCAGAACUAGAUCUGAAGGUCUCUGAAGCAACAUGGGUGCAGCUAUUAGCGAUAUUCAAAAAUCCUCCAACGAAGAAGUCAAGGAACAGAUUGCUUUAAUGCUGGAAAUGGCCUCUGCAAUAAUGAAGGGAGAAACAGCGUCUCUUGAAGGAAAGGCGUUCAAAGACAAGUCUUUGCCCAUUGUCGCAGUCGUAGAUCAGAAAAGAUCAUCUUCUAUGAACGCCUCGGCAGAGGCUUCUAAUCUUGGUGGUAAAGUUGAGAAUACCCUCAACAAACUGUUCUCUGGAAAUGUACUUGGCGCUUUAAAGACUGCUAUUACUAGUGGUCUAACUUUGUUCCUGGGAAAGGCGACCGAGGGACGAUCAGAAGCCAACCAGUUCCACGUCGUAUACCAAAACUGUGCAUUUUUGCGCAUUGACAUCUACUUCUACAAGUAUGUUUUCUCCUCCCAGGCGGUUAAAGAGGUUACAAGCGAUCUGUUCUGCUAUGUUUCUCAAGUUGGGGUAAUCGAUCCUAGAAAGAUGCACUCGCAGGUAGUUCUAUACGAGCUGGCAAAGUCUCUUCCUCUCGAGAAUAUUGAAGAAGCCAAAAAACAAAUGUUAGCAGAGACGGAGUUCGCAGGAGAUCUUUAUGACAACAUAAAGCGCUUGGCCGGUUACGCCCUCGAAGGAAAAAAAGGUGGAAGAAGGCCCCUCCUAAAAAGUGGAGAGGAUCAUGAACAAACGGAAGACGACGAAGAAUUCUAGAAAAAAAGAAAGCUGCGGAGCUAUAAAAAGAAAGUGCACCUUUCUUAGUCUUAACUUAGUAUAACCAAAUAUUAGAAUAUUCACGUAGUACAUAAUUAAGAUGUAUGUAACUCAGGAUCUUGAUGAUGUUUUGGUGGAAUUUUUCUGCUAGGAAUAAGGGGACUUUUAAACUAAAAUGCAGUUGUAUAACGAAGUAUCUAAUAAUGAUUGUAUGUAACUGAUCAUCUUAAUUAUCUUGGUAUUAUGGAUUGCCCCUUACCCUCUUGUAAGAACCUGCAUUUUAAGAACCUGUUUGCCAAAAAAAUAUCAAUUCAGUCGCCAUUUACAUAAGAAGCUAUAAAAUUAGGGAUAGUUUUUAAAAAAGUUCUUACAGAAAUUAACCUAAUAACAUCUUUAUGCAAAAAAAAAAAACAAAAAAACCCCGUCAAACCAUGUCAAACUGUUGUGAACUUCAACAUGUAUACACUUGUAAAUUUGGUAUAAAUAAUCAGUUUGAACCAUGACCUUCAUACAUAAGUAAUAAAUAACCUAUAUUAACAAGAGCAAAAA